CGAAAGAGAGCUGCUGCUACAACAAAAAAGCGUAACUCUCGGAUCUCGUAAAUUUAUAAGAAAUUUAAUUAUUCAACCCGCCAGCGGUCGACUGCAAUCGAAUUAAAUUAGCCCGGGGUGUGCGACUAACACAUGUGGGCCACUGCGAGUUGAUGGAUAUCGAGAUUCCCCAAGAAUUGGCCACAAUCACCGCGAAAAAGCUCAAAUUCUCCGCGCGGUGUGUGUAGUAAAAGCAAAUCGUAAAUCGUAAAGCGAAUGCGUGUGCGUGUGGUGGUGCUACUAUUCUGCAUAUACGUAUACUUUAGGGUGGUGCGGGCCGUGGUGCUGCAGUGCAUCCAUGUACGCUUCGAUGUGGCGGCAUUUUGAUGACGAAAUUAUUUUUGGAUAAGUGCUUGAUGAGAGUGGCCAUCAUCAGUGGAGUGGAGUCAUCACCAUCACCACCAUCGCCAGCAGAAUGGAAAGCGAGCGGCUGCGAAUCACGCUGGACAGCGCGGAUCGGGUUUACUUCGCAGGCGACAUAAUUCGCGGCGAGAUCUGGAUGAACGUGAACAAGCGCACCAAAAUACGCGCAAUCAAGGUGCAGGUCACUGGCAAGGGAAAAUGCAAGUGGAUGGAGAUCCUGCGCAAGAACUCGAACAACAACGAGUACUCCCGCAGCCUGUUCUACACGAGCAAGGAGGUGUACGAGCACAGCGAGACGCCUCUGCCGGAUUUCGAGCCGCGUGGCCUGGAACUCUCGCCCGGCGAGCACACGUUCAUCUUCGAAGUGGCGCUGGGUCGCCAGCUGCCAUCGAGUUUCAAGGGCAGCUAUGGCGCCAUCAAGUACAAGAUGCGCGUGCUCAUCCAGCGACCGUGGACCUUCGACGAGCGCCACACGAUUCCGUUCACCGUGGUAAAGAACAUGCCGCUGCAGCCAUCACAACGCAGUAUACCCAGUUCGCUGGAGAAGCAGGUGACCAAGACGAUCAGUUUGUUCGGCACCAGACCGAUCACCCUGCUGGCCCUUCUGCCGGAGGAUUUUGCGGUGCGCGGCGAACCGCUUAGGAUUUGCGCUACUGUGAUCAACAACAGCACCACCGCCGUGGAGAAACUGCGCUUCACCGUCCUGCAGUACGUGACCUACUACAGCCAUGUGCCACUGCGGGUGCAGAAGGUGGAGUGCAUCGCGGUGGCCACCAAGGAGACGGGCUCGGUGCAGAAGAAGACCGAGCGGAGCUUUGCCCACGAGCUGCUGCUACCCGAAGGAGCUCAGCCCACGGAUGAGCAGAUGAGCGGCGUCAUCACCAUUGUAUACGAGCUGCGUGUGGAGGCGGUGCUGCGUGGCUUCUUUAAGAACUUGAUCCUCAAUCUACCCUUCAAGGUGUACUCACAGGAUACGUCGAAUAGGCUGAGUUCACUGCGUCCGCCGCCACCGCCGCGGCCAAACGAUGGACCACCUGGUCCGGAUGCGGGCUCCGGCAAUCCGUUUGAGCCCGCCCUGCCGGUCUACCCCUCACUGGACUCGUCCAUUGGCUCGCCUUCGCACUCCUCGCAGUUCAGCGAGUGCAGCUCCAUCAACUCGAUAACCUCGGACUCCUCGGCUGCCACACUGAGUCCCGCCGUGGGCGGUGGAGCCAGUGGCAUGGACAUGUCCUACACCUCGGGCUCCCAGUCGUCGCAGUACGGCAGUCCCUCGGCCAGGGCUAGCUUGCGCAGCUCCAACGUGCCCUACAUGCCCUACUCGUCCAGUCCGCUUAUGGUGCAGUCGUAUCCGCCACCCCACCUGCCCGCCUACCCGCUGCCGGAGUCUCCGCAGUACUCGCUCCUUGCCCUCACACCACCGCCGGCGGGAGUGGUCGCUGCACCGCCAGCAACAGCUGGUGGAGCAGCAGGCGGAGCACCGGGAUACAGCCAACUGCCAUCCACGUCGGCCUCAGCAUCGUUCCUGCAGCCUCGCCAGGCGCCUGGAGCCCAUGAGCUGCCACCUUCCUAUGAAGAGCUCUUCGGCCUGGCCAACGCUCCUCCGGGAACUCCAAAGUAGGGAGUGAUAGACAGUCCUGAGCAGCCACCCAGUUACGUCCAAGCUUUGCCUAGACAUAGAGCUUCAGGUUUACUUUAUAGUGUUACUGAGUAUCAGAAUAUCGAAUAUAUCCUAGACCUACGCUUCGAGCACAAACCAUAUGCAAAUUGUGCACAAAUCAAGUUAUGUAAUGAUGUAGCACUUUCAUUUACUCCUCUGUUUGCACCGUUUUUGAAACUCAGUUUGGAUAAGGCAAAUCGUUUUCCAGUCUGAUAUUAUUUGGAUAUUUUUUUAUACACCUUGAUAUUGCAGCACGAAAUUGCACUUACAUAUUAUUUAACAAAUCAUAACACAUAUUGCGUAAAGUGUUUCUUUAAACAGUUGAAUAAACUGGUUAAAUUCUUCCGCGAUAACUUGACAAUAAUUUGAUUCGUUUUUUUGCCUUGUCCUUUAUAAUUUGAAUUUAAACUGUAAAAAACUAAAUAGCGAAAACAUUUGAGGGUCUAUAAUAUAGUUGCGAAGUAGAUCGAAUCCCAAGCGAAAACAACCAAUUACUUUUUUCUAGGUAUACAUAUUUUAUACGAACAAAUUCAAAAUUAGUUUAAAAUAUGAAAUUGUUUACCGAAAUGUUUAGGUAAAAACGAAUUUUUUCUAAUUUAUUUAUCUUUUGCAAUCACGAGAAUUUAACUUUCGAAAGUCUGUCUUCGGUUGAACUCGAUUAUGUAAUACGUUUAGACAGCCAAACCUUGCGCAUUUCUAAGAAUUGAAUCUUGCGAAUUACUCAAAGACUCAUGAGUAUUUAUGUUACCACGCACAAUACUCGAAACAAAUUUCCUGCCCGCCCAUUUAUCUUCCAUUUCUUAUUUAUAUACAUACAUACGUCCAGCUCUCCAAAGAUUCUGAUGAAAACGGUUUAUAGAACUAGUGUCUCAAUGAAAUUCUAUACCAAAACAGGUCUAACAUUACUAUUUAUUUCUCUCACUGCAUUACGUGUUUAGCAUUUAAGUACUUAAGCACAAAUCGAAUAUGUUGAAGGAUGUUUUGAUGUCUCGUGGACGCGAAGAAUCAAUGAAUCAAUAAGCUUUAGUGCCUCUGUAUGAUGAACAAAUCGAAUGGUUAUCGUUAUGAUACACAAAUGAACAAUUUUUAUACAAACAUUACUGAUAAUCAUCGUUUGAAUGCAAUGUCAACUUUUAGUUUUAAGUGCACGAAAGUAUAUUAUGUACGAACAAACGAUUUCGUUGAGGUGCUUUACAAAUCACUAUUUUUGGAUACCAACUUUUUGUUUUUCCUUUGAAUUUAGUGCAUGUGGACUAAAUUUGAAUAUGAUUUACACACACGAAAAACUGAAUAAAAUGUUAAUAUAAUUACAAAAAUGAA